AUGCAGGGAGCUGCCCUGGGCUUUACCUGCAGCACCAAUGACGUGCCCUGGGCUCCAGGACGGCGGGGCCUGGUGACCGAGGAGGUUCUGCUUCCUGAACACCCGCGUGGAGAAGAUAAUUUCACUUACUGUCCAGCAACAGGCCUAGCUAAAGGAAACGAGGACUCUGAAUUUGCUGGCUGGGCAUUUCCAUUUCCAGGGGUGUUUCUGGUGGAGGAGUUCAUCAGCCAAGAUGAAGAGUCUGAGAUAGUUGAACUGAUGGAUCGAGAUGACUGGAAACCAUCCCAGUCUGGCCGAAAGAAGCAGGACUAUGGACCCAAAGUGAACUUCAAGAAGCAAAGGCUGAGAGCUGGCAGCUUUACUGGUUUGCCAAGUUUCAGCAAAAAGCUUGUGGCACAGAUGAAGGGCUGCCCUGUGCUGGGAGGUUUCUUCCCCGUGGAACAGUGCAACCUGGACUACGUGCCAGAGAGAGGGUCUGCUAUUGACCCCCAUUUUGAUGACUGGUGGCUCUGGGGAGAACGUCUGGUCAGCUUAAACUUGCUCUCCAGCACCGUGCUGUCCAUGUCUUGCGAUUCAGAAGCCAACAUCCAAUUAUUCCCCAUCCCCAGCACGGAGAGCAGGGAAUUAAAUCCCCCUGGAUCUUCAGCCCAGACGCCCGCGAGCAGAAAUCCGGGCGAAGAGGGAACCGGCUGCGGUUUAUCCCCAAGGCUUGUGCCGAGGAAAGAGGUGACUGUUGCCAUUCCCUUGCCUCCCAGGGCUCUGGUGGUGCUGCAGGGGGAAGCCCGGUACCGGUGGAAACACGGCAUCCAGCGCCGGCACAUCCAGCAGCGCCGCGUCUGUGUCACCUUCAGGGAACUGUCCGCCGAGUUCAGCGCUGGGGGGGAACGCGAGGAGCUGGGCAAAGAACUGCUGGAAAUAGCCCUGUCGUUUCAAGGCAGGCCAGUGUGA